AUGGCGCUCGUGUCCAACGUACCCGAGCUGACGGCCAUUGCACCUGGAGGCACCGAAAUGAUUGCGCUCUCAAUGAUAGCAGCUGUUUGCGUCCUAAAUUCAGGACUGUGCGCCCUCUUCACUCUCCACGCCGUCUACAUCCUGUUUGGCAAGCGCAACCACAUGAGCGCGAAAACGAAAAGGUUGCAGCAGACGUUUUUCUUGAGUCUGUUGGUGCAGCUACUCGUUCCGUUCAUCUCGUUGGCAGCCCCAUGGUUUUGGUUCAUCUUUGCUGCCAUUAUCAAAAUUGAACCAAUCCUUGGUAGCUCC